GACUGUAGAUGAGUCUAAGAAAAUUGGCUAAAUAUUGAUCUAAAAAGUCAAAUUCGUGCAUCACACUUAUUUGAUUAUCCUGAAAACUUACCAGACAGAAAGUUUUAACUUUUAUUCACCUUCGUUGUUACCUUCUGAGCAGCCCUCUCCAUAGCAACUGAAAACUUCUCUGGGCUGCAAUAAUCCUCUCUAGCUCCCAGAGCACAGUCAAAGAAUUUUAAAAACAGGGGACUUUGUAACUGUGAAAUACUCUGAGAUUUAAAAGGCAGUGGAGCUCCAGAUAAAUGAUCGUUUUUCUUUCUUCUGAAGAAAUUCCUUUGGUUACAAGUUUACCCUGUGAAUGCCAACGCACCUAUCUCCAUCCAAGACGGACUCAAGGUAAAGGAAGACUGGAAAUGUGCUUCUGGACAAAGCUUUCAGUAUUUUCGGUGCCAUUAUUCCUUCUACUCAGCUUUGUUCCCUCUACUGAGACAGACAAAUCCUCAACCCAGGACAGCAGAGGCAUUGGGAGUCUAAGCCAACUGGCAGACCUACUACGGGUUCUCUCUGCUGGUGACCACCCACCCCUCAACCAGUCAAGGAGCCUCAUCAAGACAUUGCUGGAAAAAACUGGGUGCCCACGGAGGAGACCUGGAAUGCCAGGAAAUUGCAAUCUGUGCUUUGAGCCAGAUGCACUGCUACUAAUAGCUGGAGGAAAUUUUGAAGAUCAGCUUAGAGAGGAAGUGGUCCAGAGGGUUUCUCUUCUCCUCCUCUAUUACAUUAUUCAUCGUGACGAGAUCUGUUCUUCCAAGCUCAACAUGAGUAAUAGAGAGUAUAAAUUUUAUCUACACAGCCUACUGAGCCUCAGGCAGCAGGAAGACUCCUAUUUCCUUUCACAGAAUGAGACAGAAGAUAUUCUGGCUUUCACCAGGCAGUACUUUGACACUCCUAGGAGCCAGUGUAUGGAAACCAAAACACUGCAGAAAAAAUCUGGAAUACUAAGCAGUGACGGUGCUGAUGAAAAUACGCUUCCUCAACUGGCGGCCACGAUCAUUGCUUUGUCUCUCCAAGGUGUUUGUCUGGGACAAGGAAACUUGCCUUCCCCAGAUUAUUUUACAGAAUAUAUUUUCAGUUCUUUGAAUAGUACAGAUACCCUCCACCUAUCAGAACUAGAUCAACUCCUCAACACUCUCUGGACCAGAAGUUCCUGUGUCCAAAGGGAUACAACCCAUCAACUUCAAAGGAAACAAAACGACAUAACAAUUCAUGAUCGGGGCUACUCGAAUCUGUCUAUAUCCAUGAUCAAAGAGUCAGAUGAUGGUUCAGUUUCCUGGGAUCAGACUUGCUUCUCUGCUAGGCAGCUGAUGGAGAUAUUUGUGCAGAACAGCCUUUCACCCAUUUCUAAGGAGGACUUUAAGCAAAUGAGUCCAGGGAUCAUCCAGCAACUUCUCAGCUGUUCUUGCCACCUGCCCAAGGACCAGCAAACAAAGUUGCCACCUACCACUCUGGAGAAAUAUGGCUACAGCACGGUGGCUGUGACUCUUCUCACGCUGGGCUCCAUGCUUGGGACAGUGCUGGUCCUUUUCCACAGAUGUGAGGAGAACUACAAGCUUAUUUUACAGCUAUUUGUGGGUUUGGCCGUUGGAACACUUUCUGGGGAUGCUCUGCUUCACCUUAUUCCUCAGGUUCUUGAUUUACAUAAGCAGGAAGCCCCAGAGUUUGGACAUUUCCAUGAAAACAAUGGUCAUAUUUGGAAAUUGUUAGGGCUAAUUGGAGGCAUCCAUGGAUUUUUCUUGAUAGAAAAAUGUUUUAUUCUUCUUGUGUCACCAAAUGACAAGCAGGGACUGCCGUUGGUUAAUGGGCAUGUGGGACAUUCCCACCACCUUGCACUCAACUCUGAAUUAAGUGACCAGUCAGGCAGAGGCAAAUCUGCUUCAACUAUCCAGUUGAAAGGCCCAGAAGAUUCACAGGCAGCUGAAAUUCCUAUAAGCAAUAUGGCAGCUACCAACAGAAAAUGCCAAUCCAUUAGCUUAUUAGCAAUAAUGAUAUUGGUUGGGGACAGCCUACAUAACUUUGCAGAUGGCCUAGUGAUAGGGGCAGCUUUCUCAGCCUCAUCCGAAUCAGGAGUGACCACUACAAUUGCCAUUUUGUGUCAUGAAAUUCCACAUGAAAUGGGAGACUUUGCUGUGCUCUUAAGCUCUGGACUCUCUGUUAAGACUGCCAUCCUGAUGAAUUUUAUAAGUGCCUUAACUGCAUUCAUAGGACUAUACAUUGGCCUUUCUGUAUCAGCUGAUCCCUGUGUCCAAGACUGGAUAUUCACAGUCACUGCUGGGAUGUUCUUAUACCUAUCCUUGGUAGAAAUGCUUCCUGAAAUGACUCAUGUUCAAACACAACGACCCUGGAUGAUGUUUCUUCUGCAAAACUUUGGAUUGAUCCUAGGUUGGCUUUCUCUCCUACUCUUGGCUAUAUAUGAACAAAAUAUUAAAAUAUAAGUUAAGAUCCUUAAAAUCUAUAAAAAAGAAAUUAUAUGAUCUCACUUCAUUCCUUUUGUUGAAGUCUAUAGUGGUUUAUAAAUUAAGUAUUUUUUUAUCUUAGGUGAAGUGUGUGUCUUUUAGUUCAUUAACUUAUUAAUUUUAUAAUACAAUUUUAUUUUUGGAAAUAUAUAAAGGUCAGGCUGUCCUUAGUUGAAAUUUUGUUCCUUGUUUCCAAUACCAUGAUGAAACUCUUGUUUUUUUCUUUUUAGUAUUUAGUAAAUUCUAAUUUAGUGAAUUAUUUAUAGCAAACUGUAAAAAAUAUUGUUUCGGUUACAAAGAAUAUUUGUUUGUGGGAUUUGAAGUAGACAAAUGCCAGUUGGCAUAAAAUCAUCUGCAAUUUCUUUGAUAUCAAUAAUAUUUUUUUUCUGUGAGAUUAUAAACCAUAAGCAAACUAAGUGAUAAACAAAUGUAAUAAAGGUUACUUUUAAU